CGGUCGGGCCAUGUCGGCGGCGGAGGGCGGCUGGGACGGGAACCGGCGGCGGGGGGGCGCCGGAGGCAGCGGCUCGGGCGGAGGGUGCAGCGGGGACGGGCCCGGGGCGGCGCCGGCCGGGGGGCUCCUCAACCGCUUCGUCCAGCUGCCGGGCAGGCCCCACCUGGCAGGCUCUAAGAAGAAAAUACGAUUGGUCCUAAUUAGACGCUUCCCUCGGUCUCGUCCCAUCCUAAAGGUCCGUAAGAGGUCUUUCAGAGCAGGUCACCGAGCCCCACCAGCAAGGAGCGGCCAUCGUUGUGUAGCAGAUAACGCCAACCUGUACGUGUUCGGAGGGUAUAACCCGGACUACGAUGAGUCUGGCGGGCCAGAGAAUGAAGACUACCCUCUCUUCAGGGAACUUUGGCGAUAUAACUUUGCUACAGGCGCAUGGCAUCAAAUGGGCACCGAGGGCUACAUGCCUAGAGAACUAGCAUCCAUGUCACUUGUGUUGCAUGGGAACAACCUGUUGGUAUUUGGCGGCACCGGGAUCCCAUUUGGGGAGAGCAACGGCAAUGACAUCCACGUCUGCAAUGUGAAGUACAAGCGAUGGGCCCUGCUCAGCUGCCGAGGGAAGAAACCCAAUCGAAUAUAUGGACAGGCUAUGGCUAUCAUUAAUGGAUCCCUAUAUGUUUUUGGAGGAACAACUGGUUACAUUUAUAGCACAGAUCUACAUAAAUUAGACCUUAACACUAGGGAAUGGAUACAACUGAAACCAAACAACAUGCACUGUGACAUGCCAGAGGAGAGGUACAGACAUGAAAUUGCACAUGAUGGUCAGAGGAUUUAUAUCUUGGGAGGUGGAACUUCCUGGACCGCUUAUUCCUUGGAUAAGAUCCAUGCAUACAACCUUGAAACAAACACCUGGGAGGAAAUUGCAACGAGACCUCAUGAGAAAAUAGGUUUCCCAGCAGCCAGAAGAUGCCACAGUUGUGUACAAAUAAAAAGUGAUGUGUUUGUCUGUGGGGGAUAUAACGGAGAAGUGAUACUGGGAGACGUUUGGAAGCUGAGUCUUCAAACUUUCCAGUGGGUGAAACUCCCAGCUGUCAUGCCUGAACCAGUUUAUUUUCACUGUGCUGCUGUCACACCGGCUGGCUGCAUGUACGUCCACGGAGGGGUGGUCAACAUCCACGAAAACAAACGGACUGGCUCCUUAUUUAAGAUGUGGCUAGUAGUCCCCAGCCUCCUGGAACUGUCAUGGGAGAAGCUGUUGGGAUUCUUCCCUCAUCUAGCAACUCUUUCCAGAUCGCAGCUUUUGCACCUUGGCCUCACACAGGGACUCAUUGAGCGAUUGAAAUGAGAGCUCUUCGCUGUUCUCACUCUGCCCUAGAAACACUAAAGAGACCCCCCCCACACCCCCCGCCCGUUAUGGAUGCCGCUGCUAAGGAGACGGGAGGACCCUGCUCUCAGCGCCUUACUCAGCAAAUACAUCGGAUGCCUUUCUGUGAAUGUUCAUUUGGCGUUUAUGGAAAUUAGCUUUUUAUUUAUGGAUCUCUCUAAAUACAUCGGGAACGAAGAUGCUGUUCAGAACUCGUUCAGAACGUCCAGCCACCAACCUGCUGUUAGCACAUGCCGGUAGCCUAAUAAAUGCAGGGAAGGGGCUUAGAAAUUGUCACCGCUCCUGCUUACACAUGGUGUUUAACUUAUUGUUUCUAAAGAUGCAUUUAACUGAGUAGGAGCCGCUGAUGGCAGCAAUUCGACCACAUGCUGAAUGAACAGUCCAAUUCCCCUUUGCUCACAGCAGCAUCCGUCCUCUGAAUGCCCAAACUGGCUCUGCCACUGUGUAGCAUUCACUGCCUGAAGACUUGCAUGUGUGUUGUGGGCAUGUGAUCAUCGUCUGUGAGUUCUGGGAGAUGGCUGGCACGUGGGAGCAGCAAACAAAGAUGGCGGCGCAGGGUGUAGUGGUUUGAAGCAACAGUGUAAUUGUUCCUCACCUUUUCAUAUUGAAACGUCUGCCUGGAAGGGUGGUUAAAAAUCGCCGCUUACGGACUACUGUGUAGUUUUCUCUAAACAGGUGGUGGGAAGGGGCAGUGUGUUCUGCUGAAUCUUCCCAUGUUGCACUCUGAAAAAGCUAACCGAGGAAACUUACUACAUCGAUUUUAAAGCUGUCUUUAUCCUUAAGUAUGUCAUGCCCUCUGUAUUCAGGGGCUAGUCCAUCUGUGCCAACUCAACAUUAGUUACCUAAGCAUAACUUGGUAGCCUGUUUGGUUUUUUUCUCUCCGGCAUUGGAAUUUUCUCUGAGCUGCCUGUCCAAUGCUUUGUUUUAUUCCUUUUGUGUGGGGCUUUUUUUUUUUUUAACUUCUGUUUUAGAAACGUGGGGAGAGGAAUAGCUUGUCUCUUGCAUUGCUGUGAAUGCGGUUCGCCUUUCUACAAAAGCGGGAAAGGAAGACAGGUUGAUUUCCUGGGCGGCUUUCUCUUCGUGCUCUGUGUGACUGUGAACCCAGCUCUAGAGCAUGUACAUAGCUGGCCAUCAAACGUGGAGCAGCUGAACGAGGCUGAGGCAUUGGGCUUGAACAAAACAAGUGUAUUUCUAAGACCAUUUUUGUUAAGUGCCUUUUUUAGUAGUUUUUCCAAAUGACUCUUCCCCCUCCAAUGUCUAAAGCCAAUUGUAGAGGUUCUGCUUUUCUUUUAAGAGGCUGCGGUAGUUAAAUAAAUCCCAACAGCAAACCCCGCAGGAUGGAUCUGAAGGCUGAUGAGUCUCUGUAGCGACUGUUGCACUCCCAGCUCCACUGCUCAGUAACUACCUAAUAUCUGUUGCGUUGUAAAGUCCCUAAGUUUCCUUUGCUGAUUCCCUUGCCCCUUCAUUUUGGGUCAGUGUUUUACCAUAAUUUAGCUUCUUCCUUUCAUGGGCUCAGCGAAAUAAGGGACGUGGUAGCUUUUCAAAUGUAAACAUCUUCAGUGCCUUGUAAUUCAAACCCUGUUUGUUUGCUCUGUGCUUUUAAUGCUGUUAACCAUGCUGUAUGUCCGCCCCCUUCAGUGCAGUUUAUCAGGAUUCUAUCAGCUGCAAGGAGAAGCUAAAUGUCUUCUGAGCCUGCAGGAUGGCUGAUAAUAUCCAUGCAGAGACCUGCUUAAGACCCCCCUAUGUGGUUUCUCCUUAUGCCCAGGUUGGAUACUGCUAGCGUCACUUGAUGGCCAGCAUGUUGGCCUCACGGUCUCCCAGAUUUGUUCUAGU